UCAGCGGGACCCGGAAGUAAUUACGGAGCUGGGCCGGGAAGUCGGAAUCUGGAUUGUUUGCCGUCGUUUCUACGCACUCGCUGGUCCUGUCCCGGCCAGCGCCGCCGCCGCCGCCGCCGCCGCCAUGGGGAAGCGACAGCAUCAGAAGGACAAGAUGUACAUUACCUGUGCUGAAUACACUCACUUCUAUGGUGGCAAGAAACCAGAUAUUCCACAAGCAAAUUUUCGUCGUUUGCCUUUUGAUCACUGCAGUCUCUCUCUGCAGCCCUUCGUCUACCCAGUCUGCACCCCUGAAGGCGUCGUCUUUGACUUGCUUAACAUCGUCCCUUGGCUUAAGAAGUAUGGGACCAACCCCAGCAACGGAGAGAAACUGGACGGGAGGUCCCUGAUCAAGCUGAACUUUGCAAAGAACAAGGAAGGAAAGUACCACUGCCCAGUGCUGUUCACCGUGUUCACCAACAACACCCACAUCGUAGCUGUCAGGACCACUGGCAACGUCUACACCUAUGAGGCAGUGGAGCAGCUAAAUAUCAAGGCCAAGAACUUCCGAGACCUGCUGACGGAUGAGCCCUUCUCUCGGCAGGACAUCAUCACCCUCCAGGACCCCACCAAUUUGGACAAAUUCAACGUCUCCAAUUUCUUUCAUGUGAAGAAUAACAUAAAAAUAACAGAUCCUGAUGAAGAAAAGGCCAAACAGGACCCAUCUUAUUAUUUGAAAAAUACAAACGCCGAGACCCGCGAGACGCUACAGGAGCUCUACAAGGAGUUCAAAGGGGACGAGGUCCUGGCGGCCACCAUGAAGGUCCCCGAGAAGAAGAAAGUGGACAAGCUGAAUGCUGCGCACUAUUCCACUGGGAAGGUCAGCGCCUCCUUCACCUCCACCGCCAUGGUUCCAGAGACCACGCACGAAGCAGCUGCCAUUGAUGAGGACGUGCUGCGCUACCAGUUUGUGAAGAAGAAGGGCUACGUGCGGCUGCACACCAACAAGGGCGACCUCAACCUGGAGCUGCACUGCGACAUGACGCCAAAGACCUGUGAAAACUUCAUCAAGCUCUGCAAGAAGCAGUAUUACGACGGCACCAUCUUCCACAGAUCCAUCAGGAACUUUGUGAUCCAGGGGGGUGACCCCACCGGCACAGGCACAGGCGGGGAGUCAUACUGGGGAAAGCCCUUCAAAGACGAGUUCCGGCCCAACCUCUCGCACACGGGCCGGGGCAUCCUCAGCAUGGCCAACUCGGGGCCCAACGCCAACAAGUCUCAGUUCUUUAUCACCUUUCGCUCCUGCGCGUACCUCGACAAGAAGCACACCAUCUUCGGGCGGGUUGUUGGGGGCUUUGACACACUGACAGCCAUGGAGAACGUGGAGAGUGACCCCAAAACCGACCGCCCUAAGGAGGAGAUCCGCAUCGACUCCACCACGGUGUUUGUGGACCCCUACGAGGAGGCCGAUGCUCAGAUUGCUGAGCAGCGCAAGACGACACAGCUCGAGGAGGCAGCCCCAGAAAGCACGGGAAAAACCCACCAGCCCAAGCCGGGGAGCCAGGGCCCCCAGACAUACCGCCAGGGGGUGGGCAAGUACAUCAACCCAGCGGCCACGAAACGGGCAGCAGAGGAAGAGCCUUCCACCAGCACAGCUGUCCCUGUGGCCAAGAAAAAGCCCAGCCGAGGCUUUGGGGACUUCAGCUCAUGGUAGCAGCAGGUCUGCCCCUCUGGAGCCCCGGAGGGACUCAGGGCUGGGGGCCUGUGUCCACACCACGGAGUUCUCUGCCCUUCCGACUACAGCUUACUAAAGCUCUUGCUUGUUGCCGGAGUCUCCUUUCCUGGCCCUCGGAGUCCACGGGCCUUCCCAGCCUUCACUCGGUACGGUGGCCCCGGGCCGAGCCCGAGCCCACGUCUCGGACUGCCAAGCAUGGGCUGUGGCCCUUAGGCCCGCCUGCAGCGUGGGCUGGGGAGGAAGGCAGAGUCUCCUGCCUCUGGCUCUCCUACCCUCCCGCACCCCAUCUGCGUCCCCUCGGGGACUGUUUACUCAGUGGGGCACCUGGGACCUGGUUAGAAACACGGGCUCGCAGAGCCCGGACCUCCUCCUCUGGGGCCACGGGGUGGGCGCUGCACCUAUGUGCUGCCACACGCUGGGGAGCUCCUGCCGCCUGUGGCUUGAGGACCCUGACCAGAGCCGGUCCAGGUGGGGGCUGCGCCCAGGACCCCCUGCCCCUCUGCCUCAGGAUGGUGAGAGCGCACGUGGGAGCUGCUGCCCACCCCCCCGCCCCCCGGGCCUGACUUUGUGCUCAAACACUCGACCCCUCACCCCAGCACUAGGGCUUCCAGACCGGCCUCACCAGCGUUUCCGGACUUAAAGAAUCCCUUCCCUUGAUUUUAUUUUUCUAUAAAUGUAA